GAAGGACAUGGACCUUGGAGCCAUGUCUGACAUGGUCAAGAAAGUCGACAUUGCUGGUCUGAUGAAGAACUGUGGACGUUGGAGCAAUGACUGACAUGAUCAAGAACGUCGAUAUCGGGGGGAUAAUGAAGAACGUGGACAUGGGAAGCCUUAUGAAAAACUUUGACCUUGGCUCCAUCACCGGCUUGCUGAAGAACAUCGACAUCGGCUCCCUCAUGAAGACCGCCGGUCCUAUGAUGGCCGCGAUGAAGGGCCUCAACCUCGGACCUGUUGCAGAUAUCAUGAGCACGAUCGCCCCGAUGACCGACAUGCUCCGCGGCUUCGACAUCAAGAGCGCAAUCGACAUGGUCAAGGAGAAACCCAUCGACCUCGAACGCCUCAUAAACCUCAAGGAUGCCGCCUGGGACUUCCUCGAGCAGAAGGGAGUGCCAAUGGACGACCCCGUGGCCUUCGUGAACUUCGUGCACCAGAAGGUGAAGGACCUGCACCUGCCCGCUGACCUUGACCUCACCCCGAUCUUCAACGUGCUGCACGGCCAACUGGAAGCUAUGGGAAUGCCAGAGGAUAAGACGAAGAUCAAGCAGUGGCUCAUGGACAUGGCUGGACUAAGCGGCAUCAAGGACAUCGAGGAGCUCAAGGAUCCCGAGGUGCUGACCCAGGUGGCGAUCAAGAAGGCAUUCCGCAUGAUGGGACUGGACGAGAACUCCGACCCGCAACAGGUGGUCGACAGAGUCCACGAACAGCUUAUCGACGAGGCCAAGAAGGUUGGAGCUUCCAUCAACAAGGACGCCAGCCCGGAAGACGUGAUGAAGGAGAUGGACAAGGUGCUGACCAAGCGCCUCAACGACGUGUUCGGAAUGGACGCUGAAUCCGCCAUGCCAGAUGAGCUCCACCGCGCCUUGACCAACAAACUCCAGGAACAUGGCUUCCCUGUCCACGAUUUCGGAGCCAUGAAGAAGCACGUGAUGGACAUUGUAAUGAAGGAGCUCGUGAAGACAGUGACACCAAUGAUCAUGAACUUGUUCAUGGGCGGAAGUGCCCAGCCUCCUCAUCCUCCCAUGAUGCCACCGAUGCUGCCACCACACAUCCCGAUCAACCUCGCCGUGUCUGUCAAUGUGGAGGGUCCUGCCGCUCCCCAGAUCGUCCAGAUGCCAGUACCCAGAUAUCUACAUGGUGCUGAGCCCGCUCUGGAGCACGAAGAUUUGGACGACAUGGACGACCAGUCUGUGUACGAGCACAUCAUGGUGGUGCGCCAGGCACUGAUGAGCGGAGAGAUGCCCGAGGAGAUCCUCCAGGAAAUGAUCGAAGACCUCAUGAAUGCCCGCCUGAAGAGCCGCGUCCUGGCCGUCAGGAACAUGUUCCUCGCCGACCGCCUUGCCGCCAUGGAACACGAGAUGGAUGCCAUGAAUAUGCAGAUGUCGCGAAUGCGCAUGCAGCCCCGCCUCGCCGCUCCGAGUCGCCAGAUGGUCCCCAGACGCCAGGCUCCCCGCCGCAACGCCGAGUCCCCUUCUGAGUCUCCUGAGUCCCCGUUCUCUGUAACAAUCUUGGCGUGA